AGAAGUGUAGAAAUCACUUGUAGCCACGGACUCUGUCAUGAGCAUUGUUCAAUUACAUUAUAGAAACAAAGUCAAUUUUUUAUUUUAUUGAAAGUACGUGAAAUUGAUUAAUUUGAAAAUAGAUGCAUUGAGUAAAUUGUGUUGUUCCACAACAAAUUUUAUGUUUUCGAUUUUGUUGGAAUUUUUAGAGCUCCUUAAUCGCAUAAAAAGUGAUUUCAAUUUGUCCAAAGUGUACCGUUUGCAGUGCUUUUUGCGACCGACGCAUAUGAAAUUCGAGGUAGCGUUGACGGAUGAUUUGCAUCACAAAAUUGACGCUAUCGUUGCCGACCAGGGAAAAUGUCAACACGGAAAACGAAAAUGAAUGCCGAUUCACCGACUCCGAAUUCAGGUAACGAAUCUGCGCCGGCCACACCGAAAGGACGGAAGCGCCUGAUACGCAACAAAGUCGAACGACCGGAUGACAAAGAUGAGGCUGUGAAAAAGACGGAUAAAGUGGAAAACAAUAAAACUGACACCAAGAAAGACGACAAGGCGGCAAAGGUGGAAAAGGAGACACCGACGAAGAAGCGUGGUCCAGCAAAGAACAUAUCAAAAGAUGACCUGAUCUUACUUAGCAAAACAGCGGAUACGGAUGCGGAUAAGACAACCAAAUCGAUACUCGCUCGAGACACCCGACCGAAACGGAAAUCAGCCAGUGCAAUAAUUCUGGCCAAAGCUGUUCAGAAAAAGAAAGCCUUAUCACCGAAAACCGAUCCGGUUAAGCGUGGCCGAAAGAGGCGCAACAGUACGGGACGGCUCGAUGUGCUGCGAAAACAACCGGAGAGAUUGCGAAAAGACGACCCCAUUCGAAAGGGGCGAUCCAGCACAUUACUGAAAUCACCCGAUAAGCUCAUCAAAGCCGGUAGGAAGAGAUUGGGAUUGACGGACAAGACUGACGAAAAACUGCCCAAGCGUAUCAAAAAGGAGAAAUUGGAGCCGUCAUCCGAUUCUGAAUUAUUGGCUGCAUCGAGGCGUCGAUCUGAUUCCAUAUCAAAGUGCUCCGACAUGACAGACAUAUCGAGUUUAAUGGAUGUACCGUUGAAUAUGUUACGCGACACCGAAGAAUCGCUGAAUUCCAAUGAAUCUCCGGACUGCAUUGAAGACAAAGUGAUUGAUAGCGGCGGUGUUAUUGAUAGUCAAAUCGACGUGAAGAACAAAGACUUGGACCAAUUGGUGGCGCCGGUACUAAAUGAUAGCGGAAUCGGUAAUGACAGUUCACAAGCAACCAAAGUUGAAUUUAUUUCACCCCGUGCCGUUACGCCGGUUCUUAAAGACGAUGCUAAAGACAGUCAUAUCGAUGUGUUCAAUUGUGAUUUGGUGAGCGCGAAAGUUUUAACGGUGACGACACCGGAAGUUAUUGCAAGUGAAGAGAAGGAUAACAGUGAAAAAUCGUCGUCAUUAAGUCCGGUGUUGGAAAGUGAGGGCAUAUCGGAGAUAAGUGUUAAGCAAUUCUACGGGCAGCCAGACUUUUUGGAAAAUAAUUUGGGCAUCGAAGAGGAUCCCAAACUCGGAGAAAUUGUUCAGGUCCAUGAAAAAACGAAACUCGAUACGGAAAUUGUACAGGAAAAUAAGGAAAAUGCACCGGUCGAAGUGAACGAACCGCCGAAGGAAGCCACACCUGAUCUCGAUACGACAGUGGAAGAGAACGAAAAUGCCGCCGAGGACUUGAAAAAUGAAACCGAGACUGAAAUGGAGGUAGAAGAAGACGAUGCCGUAAAAUUGAAAGUAACGACCAAUGGUGUUCAUGAUAUCGUGCCUAAGGAAGACAACGUUGUAGUGUCUGAAACCGAAGAAGCAGAUAAGGCUGUAACACCGGAAGUAGUCGAAAAAGUUGGCAAAUCGGAGGUGUCUGAUAAAAUGGAGGAGUCGGUUGAAAUUGUUGAAGAGAAACUCAAAACUGAUGAUGAAAUUGUGCCCGUAACAAAUUCACCCAAACAAACAAUAACGCGGGACGAGCCAAUGAUUGAGCCGGAAAAUAAGGAAAAUAUUCUGAACAAUUUCAAAGACUCAGCCGACGACAAGAAGAAUGCCAUCCCGAUGAAUGACGACAAAUCGGAUGUGCCAACGGCUCCCGAAUCGCCCGAACGCUUAAAGCAAAAGGAGUCACACUUUCUGACACUGGGUUUGUUGACGCAUAAGGCAGCGGUUGCGGCUAAAAUUGAAAAGCAAAAGCAGCGAGAACAACUUCACUCAAACAGUAAGUCUUCGAAGUCCCAACGCGGAUCUGACUACACAGGUACACUGAAAACCGUCAUUAAACUUCAUCGACCUACAGGGGGAGGAGACAAGAACGAUAAGAAGAAAUCGCGGCUGCCGUUGAAAAUGACACUGCACAAGGGACGCGGUAAAUCGGUCAACGAUAAGGAAACCACAUCGGCACACAACUCCGAAGACGACACAUACUACACCAUUCAGAAUGAGCAAGUGGACAAUAGCCUCGACAAAACUCAUGGUGCGCAAAGUAGAAAAACUCAUAAUCGAAACCAUACAAGUGAAGCCACCGUAGCAUCGGAGCCGGCUGACGGUACCAAAGAAAUCGAAAAGGCGUUGGUGAUACCAGAGAAAGCAUCUUCAUUCCGCAUACAUCCCGAUAAAAUCUGUCAGGAUCAGUGUUUCUAUUGUGGCGGUCGAUUUGGUCUGUUCGAUACACCGUGUCAUGUUGCUCAAAUAAAAUCGUUGGAACGGCAAAAGAAGAUUUUGGACAAUGAAGAGAAACUAACCGUCGACAAUUGCCUAUGUGACGCCUGCUUCCGGCACGUGGAUAGACGGGCCAAUUGUCCAUCGUACAAGAAGCGGCUAUCGGCAAAUUCGUCAGCGGAUUACAAUAAUUUCAACGAUUCAACGGAAGAAUCGCCCCGAACAUCCGAAACCCACGGAUCGCAUAAGAGUCAGAUGUGCAAUGUGGCCGACUGCGAAGAAAUUGGCAGUCAUACGGUUCGCCGAAAGUGGUUCAUGAAAAUGAAACGGUCGAUCAGUAAAUUGUUGAAUUUGAAUCUGGAAGGACUGGCAGUGGGAACGUUGUCAAUCUGUGAUAAUCACUACGAUACCAUUAGUCAUCUGAUGGUGUGCGCGCUGUGCAAACGAAAGCUGAUGAGAAAUCACAUUUAUUACGUGUCGCAGGAGGCAGCCCGUCUCGAAGAGCUAUUGAAACAACAAGGAAUUCCAGUUAUGAUCGGUACAUCGCCUGUUGUGUGCAAGCUGUGCAGAUACUAUUCGAAUCUGUUGCUGAAACCGCCAGAGGGAAAGAGUCAGAAGGCGAUGUUCGCUAAAAAUUACAGGAAAAGGCUUCUUCAAUUUAACAAUGUGGAGGCUAGCGACGAUGAAGCGGAAGCUGAAAACAAAACUCAAUGCAACGACGAAAUGACGCCGCAACAACAGCAACAACAAAAACAAAAUCAAUCGACCGGCAAACGUGGUCGACCGCCAAAGCGACCACGUCCAUCUCAGGAGUCCGUUUCAUCACCACCAUCCAACAUUUCCGAAUCGGGCGACAAACCAUCCAAUCAAUCUACCGGCCAAAUUAUGAUGGACACCGACGUUAUGGUUGAUUAUGACCCGCCAGCCAUGUACACUAUGGCGGCAAUGAUGCAAAAUAAGAUCAAGUCGAAGGGAUUGUCGAUGACCAUUGAACCGAAACAGCCCAGCAAGGAAGACAUAUCACUGCUACGGGGAAAUCCGAACAUUUCAAUGCGAGAACUGUUUCCCGGCGAAGAAGAAAUGGGUCUGCAAGUGAAUAUUCCGUUUAAUACCGGUGGUCAGCGCACGCCUGAAGGAUGGACGAAAAUUAUGACUACCAUUCAGUAUGAUGAGCCGACCAAGCAUCUGUGGGAAGAACUGCAAAAGCCGUACGGCAAUCAAUCGAGCUUCUUGCGUCAUCUGAUUUUGCUGGAGAAAUACUUCCGUAACGGUGACUUGGUGCUAACGCCUGGUGCUACAUACAGUGCGGUCAAUUAUUCGGAAUCGGUUCAGCAACGAUUGCAGUCAUUCGAUAGCCGCUGCACAUCGAACUACAGUCUGAAUAACUUGUACAAAAUGUCCAAUUCGCCGAUUUCCAUAUUUUCGACCACAAAAGCCAAGCCAAAACCAACAGCCACAGAAACUACCAGUCUACUAAAAUACUCGUCCGAACAGCAGCGACAAGAAGCCCAAUUGGCAAAGCAACGGAAAGUUCAGCAACAACAACAAAUUCAACAGCAACAGCUGGCUAAAGCUCAAGCCGCUAAGCGUGAACAACUUUUGGCUAGUUCUCUGCGAACAACGAAACCAGAAGAUCAGACCAAAACUCUGAAGCAAGGCGGCGUUCCACCUGAACUAAUUUCCAUCAAUUCGACCAAACAAGCAACAGCUGCAACAGUCGCACCAAAUUUGCAAGCUCAAACCCAACAACAACAGCAACAACAAACUCCGAACCACUCUAAGUCAACCAAGCAAAGUGAAUCGAAUUCAUUGCUGAUACCGUCAACGUCGUCAUCCGGACAGAAAAAGUCGUCGAAUACAUCCAAAACGUCGUCGCAGGCCAACAUCAUUCGGUUGCCCGACAUUCUGUCACCAGCCGAACGACUUGAAAGUAAUAAGUGGAGACCCACACUAAUGCCAGUAUCAGCAGGACCACCAGCUUUAGACGGUCAGUUGUAUCAAAGUGCCGAUGGUCGAAAAUUGCCCAAUUUAGUUCAAGUUCAAUCGGGUGGCAAACCGUACUUGAUUUCCAUUCACGACUACAAUCGCAUGUGCAUCAUGCGCCGUGAGCGAUUGCUGCGUGAGCAAAUGAUAGAACGACAACAACAAGCUCAACAGAAUAUGGCCAAUCAACAACAACAGGCCAUGGCCAAUCAGUCACUGCUCCAAAAAAUGCAACAACACUCAACGGCCCAGCUGAAUGCAUCACAACAGCCAUCCAUUUCCAUACAUUCGACGCCGAAAACAAUGACAAUGACAUCGAAUGCGGAAGAGAAUACCAACAAAAUAUCCAUGUCAAUCACUCAGAUACCCAACAAAAUUCUCGAACAAAACUCUGUGAUCCCGUUGAACUCAAAAUCCAGCACCCUCGACUCGCUGCUCAAGGUGCGCAAAACCAAUUCGGCCUCGUUGCUGAAACCGAAUCUACAGACGAGCACCGCAACGAAACCGUCUCAUACCAUUACCACCAUGAAUCAACAGAACGUAAUAUCCAUCACAUCCACACCGUCGAUAUCGGCCAUACUGGGCGCGCAACCGAUUAGUUUAGGCAAUGCUGCGUCCAUCCCAUCAACGUCAAAAUCACCGACAACAUCAUCAUCGUCCGCUUUGGAUGCGCUAAUGAAAACCACUCAACAGGCGACACAAAGCAAUAUGUGGUCGUGGGCGGAAACGUUGAACAGUAACGGUAGUGUUGUCAUUGACAAUUCGGCGGCCACAUUGUUGUCGAAAAUUCCGAAAUCAUUGACCGUUAUACCGCAACAGAAAUCGCGAUCGUCGAAGUCGUCGAGCGAGGAUUGAAAUUAGGUUUCGGUGUUGUUAGCGCUGAACAGUGUGUGGAUCGUGUUGUGUAGGAUUAAGUGUUAAGUGGAGAGCAAUAACAUAGAAAAAUGGAAGACAAAUUGGACAAAUGUUAAGAUGAUAAUUAGUUAAGACAAGAAAAAGAGGACUCAACAGACUAAAGAGAAUGGAUUGGUCACGCAAGAUUUAGCGACGUAAGUUUUUUUUUCUAAUUUUUCUUUUAUUAUUUAUUGAUAAAUGUGAACCAAACACAUUUUCACAACGAUCAGUGGCAAAAUAAGUUAAUUUUACUUUAGUUUUACGAGUUAAAUCUAGAGAGGACAUUUGUGAGAAACAGCUUAAACCGAAGUUACGAAAUAGCCUGUUCAUAUCUCCUUGCCUUCAUUUAUUGUUUCUGUUUUUACACAAACAAACAAACAAAAACUUCGAAUAAAAACCAUGUACAGUAAAA